GUCCUUGAUUUGUAUCGCAUACAAGUGCAUAGUUGUGGGAGUUUUAGUGCCUAGUUCAGCCCAAAAUGGCCAAAAUUUGGCCACACCUGGCCUAUGCCUUGGCAUUGUGGUUGCUGAUCAACAACGCAGCUGCCGAUGAUGAGCCUUACAAUGCACCACCGCCCUACUACCAGGAGAAACCACCUCCUUAUUAUUAUAAGUCGCCGAAUCUUCCUCCGUACAUGUACAUGUCACCUCCACCUCCUCCAUAUAAGUAUAAGUCACCACCUCCUCCUCCAUAUGUUUACAAAUCACCUCCUCCACCUCCAUAUGUAUACAAGUCACCACCACCACCUCCAUAUAAGUAUGAGUCACCACCACCUCCUCCAUAUAAGUAUGAGUCACCUCCACCUCCUCCAUAUAAGUAUGAGUCCCCACCACCUCCUCCAUAUAAGUAUGAGUCACCUCCACCUCCUCCAUAUAAGUAUGAGUCGCCACCACCUCCUCCAUAUGUGUACAAGUCACCACCACCACCUCCAUACAUUUAUAAGUCACCUCCACCUCCUCCAUAUGUAUACGAAUCACCUCCACCUCCUCCAUACAUUUAUAAAUCACCACCACCUCCUCCAUAUGUUUACAAGUCACCUCCACCUCCUCCAUAUGAGUACAAGUCACCACCUCCAUACAUUUAUAAGUCACCUCCACCUCCUCCAUACAUUUAUAAAUCACCACCACCUCCUCCAUAUGUGUACAAGUCACCCCCACCUCCUCCAUAUGAGUACAAGUCACCACCACCACCUCCAUACAUUUAUAAGUCACCUCCACCUCCUCCAUACAUUUAUAAAUCACCACCUCCUCCUCCAUACGUGUACAAAUCACCACCACCUCCACCAUACGAGUAUAACUCACCUCCUCCUCUUCCAUACAUUUACAAGUCACCUCCACCUCCACCAUACAUGUACAAGUCACCACCACCACCUCCAUACGUGUACACGUCACCUCCACCUCCACCAUACAUUUACAAGUCACCACCACCACCAUAUUACAAGUAACCUUCAGUCUCUCUCUUUGUCAAAAGAUCACCAUCUCCUAUCUCCUUCACCUCCACUGGCAUAGCUAUCACCUUGCCCUUAAAUUUUCAAGUCUCCUAUCUCACCAUCUCUAUUCCCUCCAACUCCAUAGUACUAUAAAAUCUCCACUACCUUCUUUUCCAUAUCCUCCCCCUCCUUUUAAGUAUAGAUCACCACCUUACUAAGUCAAUCGUUACUUCUUCUCGACUGAAGGAAGCUUACUUAUUUAAUAAUAAAGAAGAAUUUUCUUUAUAUGGCUUGCAGUUGCAUUAUUAUUUCCUUUAUCUCUAAGGGGAUUUAUCUACUUGUUGUUGAAGUAAUAAGAGAAAGGAUUAUUGCUACAAGAAGUCAUCAGAUGGUUUCUUCGAUGCUUGUGAUUACUCCGACUCAUACCCUCAUCGAGGGUAAAGGAUUUGCUAUAUUCUCAAAAAUCUUUAAUUUGUUUUUAUGAUUUAAAUGUUGUUUUCUUGCGUCUGUUUGUGGUUAUAUGUGCUUAUAAAGGUUCAAAAUAAUGUAGUUUGAAGUUUCAAUUA